UCAUGGGGCCCCUGGGCAAUAGGGGAUCAUGGGGCCCCUUUGUCCUUGCCCAAACUCAAAAAAGACUAUGAAAAAGGUACCAGGGGCAUCUCAUGGGGCCCCCUACUGACCCCGGGCCCUCGGGCAGUGCCCGAGUUUCCAAAUGGUCAGUCCACCCCUGGUCAUUGGAGUGUGGGAUGAAAAUGGAGUAGCUGGAGGAAACCCACAUAUGUACAGGGGGAACAUUCAAGAUAGUGUCCAGGCUGGGAUUCAAACCCAGGGCCCCAUUUUUCUCUGCAAUACUCACCUUCUCCCCAGUGUUGUC